CCCUGCUGCUUCCCCAGGACAAGUUCGAAGGCAUCAGGUCCCACCCCAGCCGAGGCCUCAUGGCGCUGGCUCCGGCUGAUGUCCUGCUGGACGUGUGCGCCAGGGAGUGUGGGAUUUGCUACGAGGCCUACAAAGCGGCUUCCAAGUGGCGGGUGCCCAAGCUGCUGCUGUGCCACCACUCACUGUGCUUCUCUUGCCUCAGGAAGCUGGUCUGCCAGGCCCAGGCCAUCUCCUUUGUGGUCUGCCCCUUCUGCAGGAUGGUGACCCUGGUGCCCGAGCAGGGGCUGCAGGCCCUGCAGAACGACGAGGACAUUCUGCGGGAGGCAUCGGCCCAGUGCAGCCUGCGCAGCCCCGGGGUCCUGGCGGGGGCCAGCUCGGCCCCAGGGAAGGAGGAGAAGGAGAAGGAGGAAGAGGAAGAGGCGGCCCCCAGCACCUUGGAGUACUCCACAAGCGAUUCCUCUCUCUCCCUGGACAUGGAGUUUAACUACGUGACCCAUUCAUCCAUCUUUACUAUAAGCAGCGUGGUCUCCCCGUACGGCUUGGCGGUGCCGGGCAGCUCCAGGGCCUGGAGCGGGCUCCACAUGCAGGAGGUGCAGAACGCCUUCUUGGUGGGGCUCCCAGGCCGAGCAGCGUCUGCAGAUGCUCAACCACCCAUCUCCUCAGUGGAGAAUCUGCGCCUGUGCUUCGCCAUGGGCAUCCUCAUCCUCAUCAUCUCUGUCUUCUUCCUGCUGGUGUUCCUGAAGUAGGUCAGGAUCUGGGGGUGCAGCAGGAGGGGUGGCUGGAACCGGCCCAGGACAGAACUGACCCAGUAGCCAUGGCGGCAGGGACCCAGGCUGCUGAUGGAGCAAUGGGGAGAGGCCUUUUCAGAUGGAUCAGCUGAGCUCUGACCUGGGACCCCUGCAGGAGCCCAAACACGGUGGCCUCCACCCAGAGCCUCACUGAGCCAUGUGCGUGGUGUCCUCGGUGCUGGGGAUGCAGGGUGGGCUGAGCGUAGGUGUCAGAGGAUUUGCCUACAGCCAUCCAGCACGAGCCCUAACAUGAAUAUUUGUGUGACGAACAGAAGUGACAGUGGCUGGCCCGGGCUGGGGCGGGGGCAAGCAUUGGGGGGGCUCCCCGAGCCUGGGACAAUCUGGUGAGGCCCCUAUGGUGGUCAUUGAGAGCAAGACAGUAAGAGUCUGUGGAAAGAGGAAAUAAAGGCAGCUUCCCACUCACCUCCACCCUGGCGUGCUGGGUCUCUGUGAGCGCCACAUGGGGCGGAACAGGAGCCACUAAUGAGCCACGAGAGCCCGGGCUACCCCUGCAAACAGGGAAAGGGAACCCGGAGCAGCAAAGCCUCCAGCCCAGCCAGAAAACUGCCAUUACCAGCCCUGCAGCUCUGCCCACUUCCCCUUCAGGCUGCAGCGUCCCUGUCCAUGGGCUUAUCCCCCCCACCCCUCUCCACUUGCCUCAAGGGAAGGCCCUGCCUGUAUCUGCUGGGACAGAGCGGUUGUAGGGGAUCCUGUGCAUGAUGGGGAGGUGAUGGGGGCCUGCCUGCCACGGGGGAUCACAAGCGCAGACCCCUACUCCCUGCAGUGGUACCAAUCUUGCUAGCAGUCAAAGGUGGCAGCUCAGUGCUGUGGCUCCCAAGGGUGGGGGGAGUCUGCUGAGCUGGAAAAGGCCCAGUGCUGCUGCAGCAGGACAGUCAGGCCUUGGGUAGAACUGCCCCCCUUGUUCCACCAUGGGGGUCAUCAGGUCAGGUGGGCAAAAGGGCUCUGUGCUGGCUCUGGAGUGGGGUCAAGAGCCACAGUGGUCCUGUUCCUGCAGCCAGGCUGAGGCAGGAGGCCGGGGGAUUUGGUCAUUGUGGGCAAUGGGAGUUAGGCACCUGGAAUGCUUUGAGGAUCUGGCCCAGCUGCUUGGGCAGGAUUCUAUCGCUAUGUGUGGGGAGGAUGAGUAUGUCUUGUACUGAGGAGCCUGCGGCUUUCCUGCCUUCUAGGCCCUGAGCACAGAGUCCCCGUGCCAGCUCCUUCUCCGACUGGGGUGGCCUGCCAUGCUCUCAUUCCUAGGACUGGUUGGUGGUUCAUUUAGUUUUCUGUGCAGCCCAACUUCAUUCCUGUUUUGUUGAUCCCUAGCAUGCAGAGUGUACAAUUUGCUGGGAACGUGAACAAUAACGUCCUCCCAGGACCAGGGAAAUGCAUGAACUACAGAGGUGUGUCUGGAUUCCUGCUAGUAAUCAGCAGACACAGCUUAGCUCUAAGGUCAGUCCAUCGACACAGAAUUAUACAUAAACCUGCUGCAGCUCUGGCAUAUGGAGCAGAGCCAGGGCCAGCUCCAGGGUUUUGGCUGCCCCAAGCAGCCAAACAAAACAAAAACAAACAAAGAAAAAAAGCCGCGAUCGCGAUCUGUGGC